CAAUAUGGCGGCCGAUCCUUCAGAAAAUCAGCUUGGCGUUUCGUGGCAUGAUAGUGUUUGGAUUCCAAUUCUUAACCCAACAAAUGUAUUAGAAUACUUUUCGCAAAGAACUAAUCCUUUUUAUGAUCGAACUUGUAAUAAUGAAGUAGUGAAAAUGCAAAGAUUGGAUCCUACUGCUCUUCAAACUAUGUCUGGAAUCGAAUAUGAAGURAUCCACGUACAAGAUCCUAUUUUAUUUGUUAUUCGAAAGCAACACAGGCAUUCCGCUACACAAGUUACACCAAUAUCUGAUUAUUAUAUACUUGCUGGCAUCGUUUACCAGGCACCAGACUUGUGUUCUGUUAUCAACUCAAGAAUGUUAUCAGCACUGCAUAACUUUGAAUCAGCCUUCAAAGAAGCUGUCUCAUAUUCAAGAUAUCACCCAUCCAAAGGAUACUGGUGGCAAUUUAAAGAUUCUCAGAAGAAAACAGAUUCAAAAAGUACAACAGAUACAAAGUCCAAUCAAGCAAGUUCACUGUUYCAACGAGAAGGUGUAAAUCAGUUAUUAGAAGAGUUAUCGAAACAAUUCCCUCCCAAUGUGAUUAAGGAAUCCGUUGGACCUGGUUCCACUACUGGCACAGUCAAAUUAAAAAAAGAGGUCGAAGAUACAAACGCUGAUAUGGGAGAUACGUCAAAAGAAACACCAGAUCCAAAUCUUCAAAUCAACGACACUGCUGUGAAUGGACUUAGUUCGGUACCAGCAGCCUCAACAAUGUCCAAACCAGGACUUGCUAUUCCUGGACAAGGUCAAAAGAGAGGAUCCGACAGUGUUUCGAAACAGCCUCCUCAAAAGAAAAAAAAGCAAUGAAGAGAGAGUCAAGAUGUUGUGAGAUAAUGCUGCAAACUUCAGGGCAAAUUGCUAUAAUUCGUGGUAUUACUAAAUACGAACACUAAGCUUUGAGUCCUGUGAAUUCUAGAGUACUGUAAGCCAAAAAUCGUUUUAAAACGAUAAAAAUCAUAAGUGGCAAUAAAGUAUUCAGAACCAU